AUGGCUUCAAAAAAGAACAACAGCAGAAGCUCAAGAGCCAACCACAGGUCCACGCUCUCUCUUCAGAAGACUGAGAUAAUCAUCAAUGUCUAUGAUCUGCUGCCUCCCGGGCGACUAUCCUCAAUACUAUGGACUGUUGGUACUUCACUUCUACAUUCUGGCGUGGUUAUCAACAAUCGAGAAUAUGCCUACGGAGGACAUGACAAGCGUGGUAUGACUGGAGUAUACUUCACACCUCCCAAGACAGUUCCUCCAGGAGGGACUUUCAGAUGCGAAAUUCUGCACGGCUUUACUGUUUCGCCUCAAGCCGAAAUCGAUGCUAUUGUCAAAGAAGCUUCAGAUGCCUUCCAAGGCACAUCCUAUAAUCUUCUUACCAAGAAUUGCAACCACUUCACAGCAUAUCUGUGCGAGAAGCUCACAGGAAGAGCUGGUCCGUCAUGGUUGAAUAGAGCUGCAAGUAUUGGUGUGGCCUUGCCUUGCGUGGUACCCAAAGAGUGGAUUGCGCCUCCAGACUUUGAGACAGCAGAUGGAGAGUUGGUAGAGGAGGAUGAUGAUGAUGUGUCUCAUGAACGGUCUAGGAUGCUAAGCAACAUGGACUCAAGUCAUCAAAGACGUAGCAUAGAUUACUCCGAGGACGCUUGGGACAGUGAGGAAGAGCGACGACAAGGUGGAACUGGCAAAGGGAAAGGCAAAGAACCGGUGAGGGAUACGUCGGGCAGAGUUGUUCCGCCAGCGGAGAGAGCACCAACGAAAAAGGGCAAAUCAUGCGAUUGCCCGUCCUGA